AUGGUGGAGGAUCUCCUAAAGGCGGGACACUUGAAGCAGUACGUCCGAACAAUGCCUAAAGGUGAAGGAUCUUCCCAUGGUCGAGGCCCACGCGCCCCAGCGGCUCCUGUUAGGGCAGUAAUCAACUACAUAAACGGAGGACCCUUGGAUGACGAGUACAGCUCCAAAAGGAAAAGACAGAGACUGCUGCGAGCAACCACGGUUUGGGAGCACGUAAGCUCCAUUCAACCGGGAUUAGCCAAUUGGGGUAUCCACCCCAUAAAUGGAACCAUUGUUUUCCCUACUAUGGAUCCAGCUCGAGUGCUGCAGCCACAUCGAGAUGCUCUCAUCCUAACAUUAGGGGUUGGAGACUUCGAUGUGAAAAGAAUCCUGGUCAACCCAGGUAGCUCCGCGGACCUGUUGCUGGUGGCGGUCAUCAAACAAAUGGGUUUCAUACCCUCCAACCUAGAGAAUCCCAGAAGAACCCUAUCCGAAUUCAAUGGUUCUUCAACAACCUCACUUGGGGAUGUAACACUGCCGGUUCAAGCCGGACCGGUCAUCCUAAACGUUCUAUUUUUUAUAGUUGAGGAUUUAUCCCCUUUCAAUGCCAUCUUAGGACGCACGUGGUUACACGAAAUGAAAGUCAUUCCAUCCACAUACCAUCAAAUGGUUAGUUUCAUUACCCAGGAUAAGCAAAUUAAUCUUUACAAAAGCCAGCUCGCUGCUCGACAAUGUUAUCAGAUCGCUCGUGAGGCCGAACCCAACGCCGACCGCGAGCACUCCCCCAAAGAAGCAAAUGCUUCUGACCAAUAG